GUUUGUAUGAGAUUUCUUCUAUAGGUUUUUAUAGAGAAGAUAAACUCUUUCUUAGAAUGUCAAUAAACAUGUUGAUGAUAUUUAUUACAAUAAUGUAGAUGAUUAUAUUUAGAUUGUGAGAUAAUGUGAAUUUAAGAGAUUCUAAUUAAAUUAGAUUCUUAUUUUGUAGUUGAUAUAUUUGAUAGAGUAUUUAUGAUUGUAUGUAUUUUGAGGUGAGUAUAUGGUUGAGCAUUCUUGGUAUAAAAGUUUAAGUGUAAUAAGAAUGAGUUUUUAGUAAAAAAUGGAGAGAAAUAUAGAAAAAUUGGAAUGACAAAAAAUGCUUGAAGUGAUUGAAGCUAUAAUUAUAAUUUAAAAUUUUUGAUGCCGCCAUUCAAAUAGCCUAAAAAGCAAGUUUCAACAACUGAGAAAGCUGUAGUUGAAGAAUAGAGACCUUCAACUGCCUAUUAAGUUGUUUAUUCUAGGGACAUUAGAAAGAAAAAAAAAUAAAUGUUUGAUGGAGUUUUAGUAGUUGAGAAUUAGAAAAUGAAGUUAUUUGAUAUGGAAUCUAAAUAACUAUUUACAGGAAGUGAUCAAAUUUAUGAUAAUAUCUCUUAAUAUUAUAUGGGAUAAUUCUAUGGUAUUUUAAUUAUGUAAACAAUAAUAGUUGAACUAAUGAAUUAAAUUUCAAUAGAUGAAUUCAAAUCUGGUAAAAUAUUUAUGGCUUAACCCGAACCUAUUAUAUAAAAACCUAUAGUUAAACCAAAGAAAAUUUUUAAAUCUAAAUAAUAAUAGGAUGUUGAAGCUAAAUUUACUAUUAUGGAAGGUUAUGAUGUUGAUUAAUUUCUAUAUAAAUAAUUGAGAGUCCAUUAAAUAGAAGGAGUAAAGUUUAUGUUAGAAUGUGUAACAGGCAAAAGAGGAAAAUCUAUAAGAGGAUGCAUUUUAGCAGACAGUAUGGGAUUAGGGAAGACUUUGUAAGCAAUUACAUUAAUGUGGAUUUUAAUACAAUCAAAUGAAAUAUCGAAAAUAGUUAUAACAUGUCCAGUUUCAUUAAUAGGUAAUUGGGAAAAAGAAAUUAAAAAAUGGUUAGGACCUAUGAGACUAUAACCAUUAUCUGCUAUAGGAUCUAAAGAUGAAGUUAAUAAAUAAGUUAAAUAUUUUCUAUAUUCUCCAUAUCAUCUUUUAUUAACAUCAUAUGAAACAUUUAGAAAUAUUUGUAAUGAAAUUGAUAAAGUUAUUGAUCUAUUAAUUUGUGAUGAAGGCCAUCGUUUAAAGAAUAGCAAUAUUAAAACAGUCUAAACUAUGAAUUCAUUAAAAUGUAAGAGAAGAAUUGUUUUAAGUGGAACUCCUAUAUAAAAUAAUAUGAGAGAAUUCUAUGCAUGUUGUGAUUUUGUAAAUCCAGGAAUUUUCUAAUCUUAUAAAACAUUCAAAUUAGUCUUUUAAGAUCCUAUUGAAAUGUCUAUGGAAAAAGGUUCAAGUCCUGAAAGUGUCGAAUUAGGUAAAUUAAGAUCUUAAGAAUUAAGUUCUUUAACUAGUUAAUUUAUAUUGAGAAGAAAACCAGAAAUUUUAAGCAAAGUAAUUUAUCAUUAAAUAAUGAGUUUCUACCUAGUAAAUUUGAAUAUCUUAUUUUUUGUACCAUGACUCCUUAAUAAUAAGUCUUAUAUAAAAGAAGCUUAUAAUUAUGUCCUAAUUCUGUCAUGAUGUAAUUAAAUUUAUUGAGAAAAGUCACUACACAUCCUAAACUUAUUGAAGAUGAUGAAAGUCAAGCUGCUGAAAAACUUAUUGUUCAUGAUUAUUAAUCUAUUAAGUUUAAUUGCUUAAAAAUUAUUGUUGACUAAUGCAAAGAAUAAAAUGAAAAAAUUGUUAUCAAUAGUUAUUAUCGAUAAACUUUAGAUUAAAUUGAAUAAAAUCUAAUCUAAUGGAAUCUUAAAUUCUUAAGAUUAGAUGGAAAAGUAGUUUAAAAAUAAAGACUCUAACUUGUUGAUGAAUUUAAUAAAGAUAAAGAUAUAACGGUAUUCUUAUUAAAUGGAAAAUCUGGUGGUACUGGUUUAAAUUUAGUUGGAGCCAACAAAAUGAUUUGUGUUGAAGUUGAUUGGAAUCCUGCUAAUGAUUCUUAAGUUAUGGGAAGAAUCUGGAGAGAUGGUUAAUAAAAAUAAGUACAUAUCUAUCGAUUAAUAACUUGUGGAACUUAUGAAGAAAAAAUUAUGUAAAGAUAAUUAACUAAAGAAAAUUUAUCUUAAAAUAUUGUUGAUGAAAAAUCACUAUAAAAUUAAUUUACUACAGAAGAACUCAAAGAUUUACUUACAUAUAAGGAUAGCUAAAAAUGUUAUAUUUUUGAUCAAUCAGAUUAAUUAGAACCAGAACAUGAUUACCCAUCUGAAUUAAAUAAAUAUGUUGUAUUAGUUAAAAUUCAUAAAACUCAAUCUUGUAUUCCAAAUGAAUUUGAUAAUUAAAACACAUUUUUAGAAAAAUAGAUUGACGAACCUCAAAAGAAUGAACAAGAUCUAGAUGAUGAAGAAAGUAUUGAACAUCAAAAUGCUAACUUUUUGAAUUAAGAAAACCCACAUUCUCAAGAAUAAGAGUAAGAAUAAGAGUAAGAAUAAGAGUAAGAAUAAGAAAUUUUAAAAGAUAUAACAAAUUUAAUACAAAACUUUGAUUUAAAUCAAUAAGCAGAAGUAAUUGAUGAUCAAAAAAAACUAUAACCAGAUUUUCCUUUAGCAAAAAUUAAUAUUUCUGACUUAUCUUUUUUAGAUUGA